CAGCAGCACCUCUCGCAGUCAAGCAGCGGGACUCCAGGCACUCACUUCCCCAGCUGCUGACGUCAGCUGGCAGCCUGGGCUGUGCUCGCCGCUCCGGACAUAGCGCCGACAAAAAUGCUGCUCUCCGUACCGCCAAGGGCAGGAAUCAACCCAUACAACGGCUAUAACAGCAGAAACAGCAAAAAGCAGGCCUAUGUGUCCUCCGGCCACCAGAUGGCGCCCCCCAGUCCCAACACCAACAGUAGUAGCAACAGCAGCGGCGGGGGAGGGGAACAGCUGAGUAAAACUAACCUGUACAUCCGUGGCCUCCAUCCGGGGACCACGGAUCAAGACCUGGUCAAGCUCUGCCAGCCGUAUGGCAAGAUAGUGUCGACCAAGGCCAUCUUGGAUAAAACCACCAACAAAUGUAAAGGGUAUGGCUUUGUGGACUUUGACAGUCCAGCAGCAGCACAGAAAGCUGUUACAGCUCUGAAGUCCAGUGGGGUCCAGGCUCAGAUGGCCAAACAACAAGAGCAGGACCCCACCAACCUCUACAUCUCCAACCUGCCAGUGUCUAUGGAUGAGCAAGAGCUGGAGAGCAUGCUCAAGUCCUUUGGCCAGGUCAUUUCCACACGCAUCCUCCGAGAUGCUAACGGGACCAGCCGCGGAGUGGGAUUUGCCAGAAUGGAGUCAACUGAGAAGUGCGAGGCCAUAAUUCAGCAUUUCAAUGGCAAAUUCAUCAAGACUCCACCGGGAGUGCCUGUGCCCACAGAGCCUUUAUUAUGUAAGUUUGCAGACGGAGGUCAGAAGAAGAGGCAGAACCAGGGCAAGUACCUCCAGAAUGGAAGGCCCUGGGCUAGAGACGGAGACGUGGGAGGAAUGACGCUUGCGUAUGACCCCACAGCCUUACAAAAUGGCUUCUACUCCUCACCCUACAGUCUGGCUCCAAACCGAAUGAUCGCCCAGACUUCCCUCUCACCCUACAUGCAUUCUCCUGUCUCAUCCUACCAGGUACACAGCCCGUCCUGGAUGCACCAUCAGUCAUACCUCAUGCAGCCAGCUGGUACAGUUCUUACCCCAACUAUGGAGCACGCCAUGUCCAUCCAGCCCACGUCCAUGAUGGGCCCUCUCAACCAGCAGCUAAGCCACCUGUCCCUGGGCAGCACGGGCACAUAUAUUCCGGCCAACACAACUAUGCAGGGGACCUACAUCCCCCAGUACACCCCAGUGCCUCCCUCCAGUGUCCCAGUAGAGGAGAAUGGUGGUCAGCAGCAGCAGGUUGCCAUGGAGACUCCCGCAGAACACACAAACUAUUCGUACCAACACACCAAGUGAAGCUAAGCUCCCAGCAGGGUGGGGCAGAGGGCACGAGAUGAAUCCAACCAAACAGGAUUCAGCUGGAAGAGAACUGUGCUCCAUACCAUCACCAAGCACCCAGACUUGAACAUGGAUAACAAAAGGAACAUGCGUGUGUGUGUUUGUGCGUGUAUGUGUGUGUGUGUGUGUGUGUGUGUGUGUGUGUGGGUGUCUGUAUUUUUUUUUUUUUUUAAAGAAAAACGACAACACUCACAUCAUUGGACUUUCCUGCUCACAUCCUCAAGAGUUGAUCAACCAAAGGUGGGAAUCUUCUUCACAGAAGCUUUUGAUCUAUUUUGAUAACUGAAAAAAGGAACAUAACAAGAAGUUAAAAAAAAAUGAAUAAAAAAAUUUAAGAGAAGAGGAAAAGACAGAGCAUUAUUUUUGUGCGCAUAAUAUAACAAAUUCUUAUUUUUAAAAAAAGCAUUCUGGACGUUUCAGGGUGAUUCAAGGACGAGUUGAAACACAAUGUGUCUUUUAUUUUUUUGUAAAAUAUGCAAACUUUUAUUUUUAUUUCCUGAUGUCUGUUGUUUGACAUUCUAUUUGCAGCGGGGGCAACACUUUGUACAGAUUUAAGAACUUACAAACACUUUUGCUGGUCUGAUGUGUCGAGUCAUUGUAACCGUAGGAGGCAAACCGUUUAAAGCUACUUCUUCCUGUAACUGCUGCAGAGAUUUCUAUUCACGCACAGAUGAUAAUAACAUUGUUUAUAAUUUUGUCAAAUUCAUUUUUUUUGUUUUACUUUAAAUCAUUCUUCCAUAAGUGAACAAAAGACAAUCAAUUAUUUCUAUUUAUAUUUGAAUUAUAGUUCUAUUUUUUAGAGUUUUUAGAUCAUUGAACAUAGAGAAGUUAUUUAAUACUGUAGCCUAUAAAGACGUGAUGAAAUGGACUUUAAUGGAUCUUUACCCCACACAUUAAUGAUGAGCUCUAAUAUUUGGCUCAAACAAAUGAUCCUUUAUCAGAUUUGAUGGUUGGAUGACUUUCAGUUUAGUUCAAAUCCUGUACGCACCAUCAAAAAAGACAUCAAACAGACACCUGGUCGUGUUAACGGUCGUCCUGUUUUGUUAUAAUGGAACUCCAUGUUCCAUCCGUGUCCAUGAGAAGUGGUUUUAAGCGGUUUUGUUGUGGCAAACCUUCAGGUAUCAUUAAUUUCAUCCUCUGUCGUAGGGAUGAAGUGAACAUGCUUUAGAUCUGAGCAGUUAGAUUACUGAAAGAUUAUAUGUACAAAGAACAAUGCAGUUACUAAAUUAAGAUAUAGUUUAAAAGCAAUGAGGGAUAUCAAAUAGAAGACUAACACAAUCCCUGAGAAUAAUUAGUUUGAAAGGAAAGGGAGCUGUGAGUCUUUUUUUUUUUUCAAUGCUGCUGUUGUCACCUGAGUUUGAUUCUCUGUCAGUGAUUUUAAGUUUGUAGAAAUGUUUUCAGUUUUUUUUUCUUUUGUCUGUCACUUGAAAACCUUUUGAGCUAAUUUGCCUUAUUUCUGAUGAAUUUAUCUUUGAAGUAGAUUUGAUUUUAGCUGUAGAGUUUAGCUUUUUAUAGAGUAGAUGUUAGGUUUUUUCUCUACAUAGGGAUUGAUGCUGUUUUCUUGUGCACAUCAAGUUUUCUCUUGUUUUGUUUUCACACAAAUCUCCGUUCCAAACCUUGUGUCUCCUGUCCUCAUAUUGGGCCUGUUUGUAGAAAAGCCUUUCAGAGUGGAGAGCUGAACCAAACUAUGACUUCAUUUAGUGCUGAUCCAGAAGAUUCAUACUGAUGCUGCAUCAGUGUUGUGGCUCAGAGGGGCUUCGUACAUACAAGCCCAGAUAUGUUUCAGUCUUUCAGUCAGUAUAUUGAAUGGAGCUCAUGUCACCACAUACAGUACAUCCAAAUAUGUUGAACUUUAAUUUAUACAGACAUCAAAAACUGUAGAUAUGUAGAUAAUAGAAAUCAUGGUUUUACAAAGGACUGCUCACUAGACCAUGGAAGUGCCAUUAAAGAUGAUUCUUACAGCCUUUAGUGAGACAGCAAGUCUGAAUGAAUUUGUGAGUGAUCCAAAAUUCUGCAAAAACUAUUUUUAGCUAAGCCUUAAUGUUUUCCUCUGGAUAAACUGCCUGAUCUCUCAUAGGAUUGACACUCAGUUGUAUAUACUACAGAAAUGUUAACAGGCCAGAGGUAGUCGUCAGUGGAGUUAGCUGUAGGUUUUAUGAGGAGCUUUUCUUCCUGCUCCUCAACCAUCCAUGUUUGAAUCCAGUGAAAAACGCAGUGUGAUAACGUCUUUCUCAAGGCUCGCAGUUUGAUGAUUCUGUUUCUAACUCUGUUUCGUCUUCACAUUUUCUCACGUGUCAACUUUUUGCUGUGUGUUUCUGUUGUUCAUUUCUUCGCAACCAAAGAUGUUGUAUCCACCCAUCUUUUAGCUCUGUCUCAAACGAUCAUCUGUUGCGUGUAGCCGGAUAAAAUGCCUUUUUUCUGGUUCCGAUAGAUUCAGAAAGAGAAAGAUCGCAAUAAGGGUGGUAACAUGCACACAAUAUUCCACAUUAUGACUACAGUUUAAGGUUUCGUGAGAACGUUUCCGACACUACUGUAUCCAUCGUGUAGUAAAGUACACGUGUCAAAAUAUUUCAAAAUAUUGCUGAUUUUCAAAAUGAUCAAUUCAAGAAACGAUCUGGUGUUGAUUACAUGUGUUGCUUAAACUGACUUUCCCUCAGAAUAUGUAAUGGCGUUUGUGAGUGCAUGUAAACAGACUCAUUAUGAACUUUAUUGGCCUCUGCAGACACCCAGGAGGAGUACAGAGCUUUUAUGAUGGUGAGAGCUAAUUUUGUAAAUACUGUUUUUUUCCCUUCCAUUUCCUCUUUACACCAUGUUGUUUGUUUCUUGUGUGUUUUUAUUAUUUUGUAUGAUUUAUAGCCUGUCCAGAUAACACAGUGACUAGCAAGUUUUCAGAUUCAGUGCACCAUGAAGGAAAAUGUCAUGGAUAUUGUUUAUAUGUUCAAAGAAAUGAUAUUCCAUGUAUUAGCCAUCACUUUUACUACAAAAACAGGAUUUUGAAACUAUGAAAUGACCACUUGUUACAAUGCAGUGUUUAUUUAUUUUGUUUUUUACAAAGAGAUAAUACUACAGGAAAUCAUGAUGCUCCAAAAUUAGUUAGCAUCAUGAAAACUAUAGAGCCUUAAGUUACAUUUGAAUUGUAGGAAUACUAAUCAAUGGUGUGCUCUAUAGACAGCACACAAUAUUUGAAAGAAAACAAAUCUCCUUGCACUUAUUAUUUUUAGUCCACAUCAAUUUGAAAAAGCUCUUUUUGUCCAUCCUCAUGUAGAUUUGAUGGCUUAUUUCAUAGCUUCAAAAUGUUUUGCUGCUAAAACAGGAUUUCCAAACAGGUGGAUAGAUGUUGCCCAGUCUGGAUUUUCAAAAUGUGCCCUUCUAUUUUAAUUUGAUAAUACAGACUACCCAUCAUCUGUUUGAUUGUCAGUAAGAACUCCAGGACACUAAUAUACAGAAAUUAGUUUACUAUUAUUUUGCUAAUGGGAAACUUAAAUAGUUGUGUUUUACAUUAUUAAAACUCAGAAAUGUUGUCUUAAGGUGACAUUUCUGAACAUGGAAUAGUAAAAACAUGCCGUGUUGCUCCACACUGUAUGAACCAAGUUUGUGUAAAUCCCAGACAUUUGGAAAAUUCAAUGAGCUCAUCUCACUCCCUGCUUGUGAACAGUUAUCUUAUUUAUACAAGAACUCAUUUUGUACAGUUUUGUUAGAGGAAAGAGGUUUUGAUAUUUGGUUAUUUUGCAAAGCCACUUGGCUACUUUUGUCUUCCUGUGCCAGCGUUGCUAAAUUGUCUGUAACUUGUGUUUUUUUUUUAAUUGAUUGCGAUAAGAUUUUCCUUUCUUGGUUUUCUCUUUGAAUUUGAAAAUGUCAGUUUUUCUUUUUUUUUUUAAUAAAAGCCUUGUUUCAAUGA